GUGUUUGCUGAGUAAUUUUUGCCCUUCUGGAACCAAUCAGAUGCAAGAAACUCCUGCUAUCUGACAGCCCUAGAGGCGGGAUCUCUACUCUUUUUUUUUAUUUUCACCCCUCCUCCUUUCUGCCUCCAAAUGGAGAGAGGUCUUUUUCUCCUUCUACUAUUGAAUCUCAGAGUUGGCCGUGACGCGCGGCCCAUGGGAAGACCACAUAGAUCUCACCAGAAUGCUUACGACCAUCGAGCUUUCUCACCCGACGAAUUGUGUAUGGGAAUCACUCUGCGCAGCUCGCUUUUUGAGAGAAACACACUUUUUGACGAGACUUUGGUGAAUGCAGUGAAAGCGGCGGAGACCUCCGGAUCACGAAAUGUUGGGAUGGAAGGCGCAGACUUUGACUCGCCGUCUCCAACAGGAGUAUGAAGUCCUACUUCACGGGUGUGAGAUCUCCGCGAGUGAAACUUUGUUGCCUUGGGAUAUCGCUACACGCUUUCGGGGAGAUACAAUAAAGUGGGAAACAGUCACCACCUCGCAGUCCCCGCAACAUGGCCUCGGCUGCUAAUGCGCCCUCCGAGCAGGAAAACAGAGACCCCGAUCGGCCGAGGAUAACGCGGAGGAACAGGGGGGACUAUACCCGCAACACACCGCUGGAUUUGGAGUAUUUGCAGCGGCCGAGUUACUGCGAUGCGGGCUUCGCUUUGCAGCAAAUAACAGAGGGGAAGGCGACGGGGAGGAAGGCACCUUUGUGGCUGAGAGCGAAGUUCCAGAGACUUUUAUUUAGGCUGGGCUGUUACAUACAAAAGAACUGCGGAAAGUUUUUGGUUGUGGGGCUCAUGAUUUUUGGAGCUUUUGCCGUGGGCUUACGGGCAGCUAAUCUGGAGACGGAUGUGGAGAAACUCUGGGUGGAAGUUGGCGGGCGUGUGAACCAGGAGCUGAGGUACACUCGGCAGAAGAUAGGAGAGGAGGCCAUGUUUAACCCUCAGCUGAUGAUCCAGACGCCGCGGGAGGAAGGAGCGAAUGUGUUAACGGUAGAGGCCCUCCUGCAGCACCUGGAUUCAGCACUAAGAGCCAGCAGAGUUCAUGUUUACCUUUAUAAUAGACAAUGGAAAUUAGAACACUUAUGCUACAAAUCAGGAGAACUAGUCACAGAAACUCAUUUUAUGAAUCAGAUCAUAGAAAAGCUACAUCCCUGCCUCAUCAUCACCCCUUUGGACUGUUUCUGGGAGGGAGCCAAGCUCCAGUCUGGAAUGCUCUAUCUCCCAGGUAAAGACCCUCUCCAAUGGACCAACUUUGACCCUAAAGAGUUCCUUGAGGACUUACGAAGAGCAAACUUCCCUGUAGAAGGUUUCGAGGAAAUGUUGGAAAAGGCGGGCGUUGGACACGGCUACAUGGAUAGACCCUGUCUGAACCCUGCCGACCCUGACUGUCCCCUUACCGCGCCCAAUAAGAACUCAACUAAGCCAUUCGAUGUGGCGCAGGCCUUAAGAGGAGGCUGCCACGGUUUGUCCAGGAAGUACAUGCACUGGCAGGAGGAACUGAUCGUAGGAGGGACCACCAAGAACGGCAGCGGACCCCUGCUCAGUGCCCAAGCCUUACAGACCAUGUUCCAGCUGAUGACUCCCAAGCAGAUGUUUGAGCACUUUCGGGGCUACGACGAUGUUUCUCACAUCAACUGGAAUGAGGAGAAGGCUGCAGCUAUACUGGAAGCCUGGCAGAGGAGAUACUCUGAGGCGGUGUUGCAGAGUGUGGCAGCAAACUCUUCUCAGAAGGUUUUGUCUUUCACCACCACCACUCUGGAAGACAUCCUCAAGUCUUUCUCUGACAUCAGUGUCAUCCGUGUGGCCAGUGGAUACCUUCUGAUGCUGGCCUAUGCGUGUCUGACCAUGUUGCGGUGGGACUGUGCCAAGUCUCAGGGGGCUGUAGGGCUAGCGGGUGUCCUGCUGGUGACGCUCUCUGUGGCUGCUGGGCUGGGCCUCUGCUCUCUCCUGGGCAUCUCCUUCAAUGCUGCCACCACACAGGUGCUUCCCUUCCUGGCUCUGGGAGUUGGAGUGGAUGAUGUCUUCCUCCUCGCUCAUGCCUUCAGUGAGACCGGACAGAACAAGAGGAUCCCGUUCGAGGACCGUACAGGCGAGUGUCUGAAGAGAACAGGGGCCAGCGUGGCUCUCACCUCUAUCAGCAACGUCACAGCAUUCUUCAUGGCAGCCCUCAUCCCAAUCCCUGCGCUCAGAGCCUUUUCUCUACAGGCUGCAGUGGUGGUGGUGUUCAACUUUGCCAUGGUGCUGCUCAUCUUCCCCGCCAUCCUCAGCAUGGACCUCUACCGGCGCGAAGACCGGCGUUUCGACAUUUUCUGCUGCUUCUACAGCCCAUGUGCCAAUAGAGUCAUCCAGAUCGAGCCUAAUGCCUACCUCGAUGGUGUUGACACCAGCCCCUACAGCCCUCCCCCUUCCUAUCGCACCCCUCCUCCUACAUAUCGCACGCCUCCCCCCAGCUACAGCAGCCCCCCUCCAUCGUACAGCAGCCACGGCUUUGCCCAGCAGACCCAAAUCACCAUGCAGUCAACCGUGCAGCUAAGGACCGAGUACGACCCUCGGACUCAGGCCUUCUACACCACAGCUGAGCCCAGAUCCGAGAUCUCUGUACAGCCCAUCAACCCAGCUCCCACCAGGAGUAAUCCUAAUGACUACUACAGCAGCAAUGCAAGUGGAAGCAGGAGCAGCAGCAGCAGCAACAACGUAAAUCUUAACAAUAACAACAGUGGAAGUAGGAGCAAUGGGGGGUCUAGGGGUUCUGACAGUUUCUCCCAAAUUCAUCCUGUACCUCCUGCUGCUUCUACAAGUGCAAGUACAGCUCCUCAGGGUGACAUGGCGUCAUAUACUGAACAGAUCCCAGAGAAUAACAGCUCAACACGGGACCUGUUGUCCCACUUAGGAGAAGGAACGCUGGGCUUGCGUUGUUUAGAGCCAUCCUGCUCACGCUGGACUCUUUCUUCUUUCGCUGAGAGACACUAUGCUCCAUUCCUUCUACAGCCUACGACCAAGGUGGUUGUGAUUGUGCUCUUCCUCUGCCUGCUGGGAGUCAGUUUGUAUGGGACCACCCAGGUGAGGGACGGCCUGGAGCUGACGGACAUUGUGCCUAGAGAAACCAGCGAGUACGACUUCAUCGGCGCCCAGUUUAAGUUCUUCUCCUUCUACAACAUGUAUGUUGUGACACAGCUGGCCGAUUACGCCCAGAACCAGCCUCUGCUGCACCAGCUCCACCAGAGGUUCCACACUGUGCGCUACGUGCUGAAGGAAGAUAACGGACAGCUGCCCCGCAUGUGGCUGGACUACUUCAGGGAUUGGCUGCAAGGUCUCCAGCAGGCAUUUGACAAGGACUGGGAGGCUGGCCGCAUCACCCUCAACAACUACAAGAACGGCUCUGAUGAUGGCGUCCUUGCUUACAAGCUCUUGGUGCAGACAGGACGGAGAGAGAAACCCAUCAACUUUAACCAGCUGACUCGUCAGAGGCUCGUGGAUGCAGAUGGAAUCAUAAACCCCGGAGCUUUCUACAUCUACCUAACCGCUUGGGUCAGCAAUGAUCCUGUGGCCUACGCUGCCUCGCAGGCCAACAUCCGCCCACACCCUCCCGAGUGGCUACAUGACCGUACCGACUCCAUGCCCGAGACACGCCUCAGCAUCCCGGCAGCUGAGCCCAUCGAAUACGCACAGUUCCCUUUCUACCUCAACGGGCUCCGGGAGACGCCACAGUUUGUGGAGGCCAUCGAGAGUGUGCGGGCAAUCUGCAGCAACUACAGCCGACAAGGAUUGCCCUCCUACCCCAAUGGCUACCCCUUCCUCUUCUGGGAGCAGUAUGUUAGUCUGCGCCACUGGCUCCUGCUGUCCAUCAGUGUCGUGCUUGCCUGCACCUUUCUUGUCUGUGCCCUCUUCCUGCUUAACCCAUGGACCGCCGGCAUCAUUGUGUUGGUGCUUUCUCUAAUGACUGUGGAGCUGUUUGGCUUCAUGGGGCUGAUGGGAAUCAAGCUGAGUGCUGUGCCUGUGGUCAUUCUCAUCGCCUCUGUGGGCAUUGGAGUGGAGUUCACAGUCCAUGUUGCUCUGGCGUUCCUGACAGCCAUAGGGGAUCGCCACAAGCGGGCGGUGCUGGCGUUGGAGCACAUGUUUGCUCCGGUGCUAGAUGGAGCCUUUUCCACCUUAUUAGGGGUCCUGAUGCUUGCUGGUUCUGAGUUCGACUUUAUCGUCAGGUAUUUCUUUGCAGUGUUGGCCAUCCUAACAGUUCUUGGAGUACUGAAUGGAUUGGUUCUUCUUCCAGUAUUACUGUCAUAUUUUGGGCCCUAUCCAGAGGUGACCCCUGUCGAUGGCCGCAGCCGGCUACCCACGCCCUCCCCAGAGGCCCCUCCACCCGUGGUCCGCUUCACUGUCCGUCCUCACCACACAACCGGGACUGCGAACACCUCUGGUGCAGCUUCAGACUCGUCAGACUCUGAGUACAGCUCUAACACCACAGUGUCUGGCAUCAGCCAGGAGCUGCAGAACUACAACCUGCCCUCCUCACACAGAGGACAGACUCGAGCGGAGGAGCAGCAACAGUACCACCUCCAGACCAGCAGGGGCAGAGCAGCCAGAAUAGAGGAAGAAAGAAGAGCAGGAUCAGGGCACAGGGGCUCGGCCAGACAGCCUGAACCUCCAACAUAUAGUUCGACUGUCUCCUCUCAGGGUUGUGAUUCUGGGCCCCAGUCCAGGGCUACUCAGCGUAACAGCAGCAGGGACCCCAAAAGCCAGCUGCACUGGCAGGCCCCGCCCCCAGCCCGCCCGCGCAUGGACGCUUUUGAAACUGCUACUGAGGCUGGGGGCCAUCAUGGCUCUCGCAGCCAUAGAGAACACUCAGCAGGCCACAGAGCCCGCUCUACCCACAAUCAACAGCCUAAUCACCACCACCCACACCAUCACCCCAACCCCACCCCUUACUGCCAACCCAUCACAACAGUGACAGCAUCAGCCUCUGUCACUGUUGCUGUCCAUCCGCCCCCUUUGUCCAGUCAGAAUCCCCAUACUUCCUCUUAUCCAGGAUACACUGCAACAGACAGUUACUGUCCAUCGGGGCCAGAGGAGCCAGAGACUGUCUUCCAGGAUCCACAUGUGCCACUGGACACCCACACAGGGGUCAGAGGGGUCCAGGUGGAGGCCAUGGAGCUUCAGGAUUUGGAGUUUGAGGCAGCUGAGAGCAACAGUAGCAGGCGGGCGAGCUGAGUUGUGGAGAAGAGAAUUAAAACGGCCAAAGACCCGGCCUGGCACAGCCCAGCCCAGCAUAGCCCAGCCUGGCUUGAACCCGGCAGAGAAAAACUCUCCAGUGUUGCCGUCAUGGUGCUCAUUCUUACUGUAACCCAGUGGACUAUUGUCUUAGAUAUUUCUAUCUAUAUUUAAAAGAUGUAUACAUAUGUAAAUAUGAACAAAAAAGUAGCUAUAAUUUAGGAGAUGUACAACUCCUCAUGUUAACAGACUGGGGCUGCCAUUGUAUAUUGUGUAUGUGUGUAUGUGUGUGUAUGUGUGUGUGUGUGUUUGUGUGUGUGUGUGUGUGUGUGUGUGUGUGUGUGUGUGUGUGUUACAGUGUGCUUAAGUGUAAAAGUGUGUGCGCAUGAGAACAAGAGAUAGAUCUCUGAUUACUGUUCACUCAUCUGUGGAUCUGUGCCAUUAAGAAGCUUCACCUAGACAAACAUACCUGUCAGCAUUCACUGUUGCUGCUCAAAUAUAUUUUUAAAUAAUAUACAUUUAUAACUCUAUGCAAAUGUCUUUUUAAACAAAAGAAGUGAUCCGUCUUCAUGUGUGUGUGUGUGUGUGUGUGUGUGUGUGCAUGUGUGUAUAGCGGUUGAACGUGGUGCUGUGUAUUGUGAAACAGCCCCAUUAUUUUCUAGCUAUACAUCAGAUACAUCCUCAGAACAGACUAACAUUAACACUCAUUUCAAACGUGAGAGGCAGUGUUAGAAUUAUCAAACAGGCCUAGGUGUGUGUGUGUUUGUGUGUGUAUGUGAGUGUGUGUGUGUGUGUGUGCGCGUGUGUGUGUUAAAGGUACGCAUGUUAAACUAUUAAUUUUUAUCACAAACCUGUGGUAGUUAUGAAACAAUUACUGUUUAACUUGACACGCUAUGCGUGCUAUUUAAGACGAGCAGACAUGAAGAAAUUUUAUAGCUGUUUUUUUGUUUUGUUCUUUUAGUUUUCCUCUGCAUUGGAACCUGUUUUUCCUCCUAGCUUUGUAUCACUGUCUGUUUGGCUGCUCUCUGGUCAUAUUUUACUGUAAGAGGUUAUGUAUUGUUUACCCUAGCAGGCUCAAAGCAGGUUCUGUCUUGUAUACUGGCAUCCAGUCGGUAAACCCACCUCAUAAAACUCUCUCUGCCAUCACAGGGGCGUUCACAUUACUGAUUCUGGAACAGGGUCAACACGGGGCACUAACUCUGUACCCUUAGUGGUUGUGUCUAGUGGAUAAGCUAAAUCUCAGACUUUAUACUGUAACCCGAUUCAACAUGGCACUUGACUGCAUUUAAACUUAACUCGCAGGAAUAUCUCCUCUCACGUAGCUCUUUAUUUCUGUCCAACCAAUAAGCUAGCCCACGCAGCCUGCUAAGGGCUAAGCCCUAUAUAGCCUGACAAUGUGCUCUAUGUGUGUCUCAAUGUACAUGUGUGUAUACAUAUUUCUCUGUUUGUGGUGGUCCAUCCUCUUAUUCUGUCUCAGCUCUCCUUACGUGACAGUGAAGACAACUGGCCCCAUUUUGGCCUCAGCCAUCCCCACUGACCUCAGUUAAUAAAAAUCCACAACGUAAUGCUAUGACACUAAUUGGACACCCCCCUUCUUAAAGUGCCAAAUGGCACAGACCUGAGCCUCAGGGGUUAAAGUUUACACUGCCAGUCCCCCUCUAUAUUAGCAUUGGCCAGUUAAUGUCUGCAUGUGUGUCUCAGUCAGCAUACAUACCUGCUAGAAAUCCCCUCCUCUAGAUUCAGGUCCUCAACCCCUCACACCUCAGCUUGUGUCCUUUUUUUACACCUAAACUUCAGAUGUAGCUCCACCCAGAAGUCUGUGCCGUUUUCCAUGUCUAUGUUCUUAAGUCAGCAGCCUGCAUUGAAUAGAUUGUUCUGUAUGUUUGUUUGUUUUUUCUCCCAAUGUCACAUUGGCAGUAGUGGAGAGAAUCAUAGCUGGCAACUAUUUUAUUCAUUUUUAAAUGUUUUUGUUUUGUUUGUUUUUUUCAACUUUCAAUUGCGAUAUUUAUAUUUUUGUAAUAUAAAAUAUGUUGUUAUUUUCUUUCAUUAUUAUCGUGAUGCCAGUGGAUAACAAAUGCAGGGAUUUUUAUGUCUAUUGAAAAAACACUAUUACAGUUUAAUGUUUUUACAUUAAGGAGUUUUAUCUGUAUAAAGUGCUUACUAAUGUUAAAUAGGAAAAAGAGUAUAUAACAAUUCACACUACAGGUCUCAUCAUAGCUCUUAGAGGAUUUUAAAAGGAAAAAAAAAUCAGUGGUUCUUCCAGACUGCCAUUUUGGUCUUGGUUGGCGUGGAUGUAUGCUGUUUUCAGUUACAAAGAUAAAUGUAUGCCAUAUAAUUUAUUUAUAUGAAAAUUUAUUUUUGUAGUGUACAUAGUAGUUGUCAAGGUAUUUGACUGAAGUAUAUUUUUAAAGAGUUUAUAUGUAAUGAUAUACCAUAACAGAAAAAACCUUAAGGUGCACACUUUCACUGCUAACUGUCUUGUAAGACAACAUCAACACCUCCCCUUCAGUAUUAUGUUCCGAUCCUUGGAGAGAGACAGCUGUUUCUAUGGGUUUGUCAAAGGCUAGCCAUGAAAGUAGAAAAUUGUACUAGCUCUCAAAAUAUUAAUGUUCAAACACUGAUAGAAUUCUAACAAAUAAAAAUAUUAUAACUUA